UUCACAGUGUCACAGUAAAUACCUCGGACAUGAUGAUGUGUACCAACGUUAAUACAGUUUCUUACAAUAACUGAUUUGAAUAAUGUGAUCUGAUGUUCUUCUCAAUAAUUUAAUGUUUUAAUAAGGUUUAACUAAGCUAAAUAAAUAAAUAUGGACCUAUUACAAGGCCGCUUCUUACUGAUCUUCUCCAUUGGUGUUUCUCUUGUGUUGUCAAUUGCUUCAUCAGAGACGGUCCGCAAGUCUCCGUUCGUGUGCUUCAAAGACAUUUGCAAUAGGAAUACACUCGAACAGUACUGUGACCUGAGGCUAGAACACUGCAAAGCCUGUAAUGACGUACUUCACGAUUGCUUCACCGGUCAAAUGCAGGAAAAUUGCACCGACUUCUGCCACGAUAUAAAAGCAAAAGAGAAAAUGGAAGAACUAAGAGUGCAAGAUUGUCCAGCUCUUAGUGGUUUUGGCCAUGGCAACUACAAUGCAACUGGACCCGUUCACCAUGGUGAUAUUGUCGGGGUUAAUUGUCACAGUGGAUAUCGGAGAAGUGGUUCCUCAAGUCUCAAGUGCAGCGAUUUCGGUAGCUGGAACGGUGUACUAGCAUCAUGCAAGGAAAUCACAUGUGGGGAUCUAUUGCCAGCAUUAUGGUGGGUUUACAACGUAACCGGACCUGCAAGACCGGGAACGAAAGCUAAAAUGAAAUGUGAAAACUCGAAUGAUAGCGUUUUUGGUCCUGCUUUGAUCUGCUCACAAAACGGGACAUGGGAGCAGGAAAAAAAGACAGGAAGCAAUCAAAACACCAUAGAUAAGACAACAUUUAUUCUUCUUUGCACACAAAAAGGAGAUAGCAAGAAAGAAUUACAGCUAUGGUUGGCUAUAACUCUUUGUAUCAGCAGCUUCAUACUAGGUAUUGCUGUGGAAUUCGGUUUCGGGAUUUUAAAAUUGCGACUGCAACGAACGUUCCUAAACCAGUCAUUAGACUCCUUAGACACGGACACUACAGAAGCACAAGAGCCACUUAUGGAUGCUAAAAAUCCAAGAACAGACCGUAAUACGAACGACCAAAAAGAAUCCAGCAACGGUACAGUUGGAGGUCAAAUGAAGCCGUUUAUCAACAAUGUCACUAUACAUUAUUCUCAACCAUUGAACCAAGAAAUCCACACACAUGUUAACCAGAGCCAUCCUGCUGAUGGUGUCGAUGAUUCUUUGGUCGAUAAUACUCAAAGGAGAGACUAUAGGGACGAAGGGCAACCGAUAACACAUGAAGAUCCGCUCCCUACACCAGAAACCAAUAGUCAAGAGGGAGAAGAAACACAGCCUAAAUUUCAACAACCAACAAAUACCCAACAUGGCAACGGACCUCCCCUUUUCGGCUUAACUGUUAACCCAAUUGGUUCAGAUAUUGCACAGCCAGAAUCAUUUGUUGCUCAACAUUCUUCAAGCUCAAACCUCACUGCCAAUCAGAGGGGAGGUGUUCACUCACAGCCUUCUAGUGAUAAUGGCGACCUGAGAGCGGCCAAGAUAUUACCAUCUUGUAGUACACAGCCGAUUCACAAGGAUGACAUUUGAAAAAUAGGAAAUUUUACAAUCAGAAGUCAUUUGAACAUUUUUGUUUUAAAUAAAUUAUACCUAAAAAGUAAUAUUGAAGCCUUAUAUAUAUACAUUCCUGUUUUUGAUUUCAUAAAAAAAUGUUUGUAUUCGUAUAAAUAAUGGUUCAUGAUAUGAUACUACAGCUGAUUGGUUAUAGCUUGCAUGACAACGGUUAAAGAGUAAAUUUCUGGAGUCUUGUUCCCAUUUUAAACCAUUUAAAUAAACAUGCAUGUUUGUUAAAUGCCUUCCGUUUAAAAACAUGGGAUUGAUGUAUAUCUUGUUUAUUACCGUGUUUGCUUAAAAUAUCUUUAUGAUUGUUAUAUACUUAUAAAGGAAUUGAAUAAUGAAAAACAUUAAGCUAUAUCAUUCUGAAAAUUAUUUGUAUUCAUUUAUUUUGUAAACAGGAUUUAUUUCUUUAUAAACAUGAUACUCUUGGAUAUGUAUUUUUACAAUAAUUUAAAACUGCACACGAGUUGCAUUUUCAGGUAAAACAAUAUUAGUUUUUCCUGUAAAUGUUGUUUUUUUUCUUGUCGGGAAAGUAUGCUGCUUCUUAAAAUUCAUGAUGGUGGAUUGAUAUGAUUUUGUCUCGAUUUUCUGACUCAUCAGUUAUUGUUUUUAUAUCUGGCAAAAAAUGAUUACCUACUUCAAAUAUUUUGUUUCUAAUACAUAUUGGAUACAGUUAACAAGUGUAAGUUAUUUGAUAAAGUUAAGAGUAUUUAUGUUAAUAUAUAAACGUUUAAUUUCUGAUCGUUGAAAUGUAAAAUAAUUCAGUGUGUAAUCGAAUUUAUAUAUUCGAAAUAUUUUAUACCUUUUUGAUUCCAUUCCAUUUAAAAUAAUCUAUAACCAGUUUUUAUCAAUAGCAUAGGUAUCAGCAAUAUUGUUCUAAUCCUUUUAAGCGAUUUUCUAUCAUCUUAUGUGGUUUUAAUCAAGGUAUGAGAACUUUAGGAUGGUUCCAACUUGUAUUAUGACUUUUAAACCUGGUUCGACAUAUUCAGAAUUAAGUAGUUAUUAUUUCCCGUAAUUUACUGGCCGAUUAUAAACGAAUGAUUUGAAUCUCCAUUAUUUUAUCCACACUGCUUUAAUUGUCAAUUUAUGACAACUGUAUUCGUUGUUCUGGUAGAUUAUUUUUCUUUCAUUUUUCACGUUUGCCUAAGACUUCCACUGUGAAAAUUAAAAAUAGAGGUCUCCAUAGCAACUUAUUGUUUCGCAAGAACGUUAUAAACAUCGUAGGAUAAAUAAAAGAAAAAAACAUCUACUAGAACUACUAUUUUAAUUGAUCAAUUAGCAAAAUGAAGCAAUGAUUUGCAAUGGAUUUAACUAUGAAACGCUUUUUUGAAGUCGGCACAAAAUAAGAAUACUGUUUUAAUGAAUGCUCUUUUAUAUAACAAAAACCUCCAACUUUCUUCCAAACCUAGACUGCUCAUGACAAAUAAAAAACAAUCAAACAGCUUAUAAAACAUGUUUAAAUGUUAAGUAAGCUUCAUUUUGUAAUUGUUUAAUUACAUUAUUUGUUUUGCAUGUUAUCAUCUAUCCCCUGAUUCUGAUGAUGUUUUGGGUGUCUAGUUUGAAAGGAAAUGUUUAUUGAUUCAAGAACUCUUGAAUGUUUUUUCCCCAAAAUGUUUUUGCAGUUAGUGGACCAUAUCAAGGGUUUUUGUUAUUUGCAUAUCCUUAAGAACCAAUUUACAUUCGUUUCUGAGAAAAGGACAUUCGCAUGCAAGUUUUUUUUAUUUUUAUUAUGUUUUCUAUAUUGGUUUUACUUUAUGUUUAUAAUUUUGGCUUCUGUAUUAUUUCUGUAGUUUUUCAUCUAGAUGUUCUAGAAAAUAUUUCAUUUCGUCAGUGUCAGAUUCAUUAGUUUCAGAUGCAUUUUUUGAAGUAUGUAUGUUCUAUGUGCAAAAUGUAAUUUAUUUCUAAUAAUAUCUUAUAAUUUAAAGUAAUCUUUUUCUUUCAUAUUAUUUAAAAAAUAUCUCUGUUUUUACACUGUUUUGAAAAUGAAUGUAUUAAGCUCUAUGUGUGAUACCGUUGACUUCUUCUAAAUUAUGACUACCUUACCUAUUUUAUCUUUGCUGUAAAUAUCGAACUUUGUUUUAAAUGUGUUUUGUUUCAUUUAAGGAAUGAAUUGCGGGGUUGAUGUCAUUAUCGGGGUAUGAACGCAAUUGGGUUGGUCAAAGAGUGUGGAGUAAUAUCAAACGUAAAAUUGAAACACUAAUUGCAACAAUCUAUUUUAAAUAUAUCAAAUUAACGCUUUCUUAACUGUUGAUUUAUAUUUUGGAACCUGCUGACACAAUACACACAAUAACAAGAUCACUAGUUUUCAAGUAUAUUGUUAUGCAAUGAAUUGCGAUCCGAACAUAUCCGAAGAUGUUGCGUUCAUCGAUUGAUAAACGCAAUUGCUGAAAGGCAGUUCAUUUAAGGAAUGGAAGUUGAGGUGUAAAUAUUUCUAAUUAAACCUCUGAUAGGUCUCCAUUCCAUGUGUUUUAUUUUUCCUUGACUAAUUGAAAUUGAUUUGGGGUGUUUAAAUCUCGAUGCGUCGCUAAAGGUUGAAGAGUUUAACAUUUCCAACAUAUAUUCGUUUUGUUUGUUUCCAAGUGGUGCUUGAUAUCAUUCCGAUUUGUUUAAAAUAAACUGAAAUCAUUCACCUUAACGUAGUAUGUUUAAUAUUUGUUAUUCAGUAUUUCAUGUAUAAGUUGUAAUAAAAUAUGUAUUUCAACUUUUUUUUGUCAUAAAGUUCAGUGAUAUGUAUAAAACAUGUAAGCUAUUAAUACAG